CAUGCAGCGGCGGCGACAUGCCGCGUCCCAGCCGCGACUCGUACGGCGACCAGAAGCCGCCCUACUCGUACAUCUCACUGACGGCGAUGGCCAUCUGGAGCUCGCCCGAGAAGAUGCUGCCGCUGGCGGACAUCUACCGCUUCAUCACCGACCGCUUCCCGUACUACCGGCGCAACACGCAGCGCUGGCAGAACUCGCUGCGGCACAACCUCUCCUUCAACGACUGCUUCGUCAAAGUGCCGCGCCGGCCCGACAGGCCGGGCAAGGGCGCCUACUGGACGCUGCACCCGGCGGCCAUCAACAUGUUCGAGAACGGCUCCUUUCUGCGCCGCCGGAAGAGGUUCAAACUCCCUAAGGUGGAGAAGGAGGCCCUGGAGGCGGGGCUGGCGAGCAUGGCGUCCUCGCUGCACCCAGUGGGCGCGGGCGGCGCGCCGGCCACCACGCUGCCGCGGGCGCUGGCGGCGCCGCCCAAGUCGUUCAGCAUCGACAGCAUCAUCCAGCAGGACGCGCCGCCCCCAGCCGCCCCCGUGCCCGCGCUGCAGCCACCUCCUCAGCCGCAGCCGCAACCGAUACCGCCCACGCACACUCAGCCUCCGCAGCUGCCGCCGCCCGCGCUGCCCGUCAUGCCUACACCUCUAGAUUUCAACCGGCUGGUGCUGACGACGCUGCAGACAGAGCGGGUGUCGCGCUGCUCGUCGGGGAUGUGCCCCGCAGCAGCGGCGGCCGUGGCGGCGUCCUACGUGUCGGCGUGCCUGCACCACCCGCCCCCGCAGCCGCAGCCGCCCCCGCCGCCCCCGGCCGUGUGGCUGCCGCCGCUGGCGCCGCAGUCGUACCCCUACUCGUACUCGUACCUGCACGCGGCCACGCUGUACGCCGCCGCGCUCGGCCUCCUGGGGCCCGCCGCCGCCUCCACGACGGCCGCCGGCGCCGCGGCGCUGCCCAAGGCGCCGCCCCUCAAGCCGCACGCGCUGCCGCCCCCGGCGCACGGACUCGCGCUGCCGCCGCCCGCGCCGCCGGCCACUCCCUUCCUCGACGUCGUCGACUCCAGUUCCAACAGCUCCACCGACUUGUUCGCCGCACACGUCAAGGCCGAGCUCUAGAACACGACCGUAGAGGAGCUCGGCUGAGAGGAACAUUGGUAUCUGAGGAUCCUAAGAAGUCGGCGCAAUGCCGAAAGAAGCCACCACUUGACCAUCCCACCCGGAACUGCAGAGCUGGAGUGGGGUACUGGCUCUUCAGGCUUCCACGAACUCAUCAAAGCUAGGAACGGACAUAACAGUAGCGUUUCUUAGUUACAAAAGAUCCACACCACGAAAGGAAUACAACACAUAGUGUGCUGCCGCUGUGUCAAUACAGAGAUGGUGAACCUGCAAGCACCUGUUCUGAAGAAAAGUUUAUCUCUGUGAGGUGUCAUAUUUUAUUUCUUUGGUGUUCCCGAGUUUGCGAUAUGAUUUGAGUUAUGCUCACAAAGAACAGGGGAUAAAGAUUAUAUUUUAAUAUAUUAAACAGAUGUUCCUUCCAUUGAAUAGCUAUAUUAUGUUACUAUUUCAGCUUAUCAUAACACGUGUUCGUAGUAAGAGGGUUGUCCAGAAAGUAAGUUCCAAUCGGUGGCGAAAUGGAGACCACAUGAAAGCCAGAAACGUUUCAUUUGCAAUAGUAAGGUACACCUUCCACCUACUUCUCUACAUAGUUUCUGCUCCAACGUCGAAUUCUGUCGUAGUGUUGCAUCAACUUUCCAAUAUCCUCGUCAUAGAAAGUAGCCGCCUGUGCUUUUGGCUUGUUAUCUGCACUGGUCUGCAGCUCACUGUCUGUGGAAAAAUUUUGU